AUGAUAUUCAGUUCAUGGAAUGUUAGGGGGUUGAAGGGAGAUGGGAAGUUAAGAAUGGUGAAGGACCUAAGGAAUAAACAUAGGGUACAAAUGUUAGGUCUGAUUGAAACUAAAAGGCAGAUAGUGACAAGAUUUGACGUUGCAAGAAUAUGGGGACAAGGUAGUCCAGGUUGGGAAUAUGUAGGCUCUGAUGGGGCAUCUGGUGGACUAUUGUUAAUUUGGGACGAGGUGAUGUUUAACUUAAAUAACUGCUAUAAGGGAGAGAGGUGGUUGUGUGUGGAAGGCGUGAUAUUAAAAAAUAGUUUCAACUGUGCGUUUGUCUUGGUAUAUGGUGCACAUGAUAGAGAUGAGAAGAUUCAUGUAUGGGAGGAGUUGAGCUAUAUAGCGGGGUUAUGUCAGGUUCCGUUCUGCUUUAUGGGAGACUUUAAUGAAAUAGUACAUGCAGGGGAACGGAGAGAAGAGUUCCCAGAGGCACAUUUGCGAGGUGGACCAAGGGGUUUGUCAGAUCACUGCCCACUAAUAGUGGAGGGUAGGAAGCUGCGAGGUGGUCCGAGGCCAUUCCGGAGCCUUGAUUCGUGGUUUACACACGAGGGCUUUCUCAGGAUGGUAAAGGAGGAAUGGAGAGGUUUGGGGGAGCUACAAUUCACAGAUAAAUUGAAGGCACUGACAAAACCACUGGGAAGAUGGCAUAAGGCAAAUUUCGGUGAGAUGGAUAAGAAGAUUAUAAAGUUUGAGGAAGAGAUCAAGAGGAUUGAUGAUAUGGUCAAUAAUGAGUGUAUGAUGAAACACUGGAGGCUAGAGGAAAGGCGUUGGUUGUGA